AUGGUUUCAACAUCGUGGCCUCCCUCAACAACAACUUGCACGGGUACUGAGACAUCAUCUUCGCUACGACAUCGACGACACCAUACACCUACUAUCAACAGAUACGAGCUGCACCGACGCAAGGAUGAAGAUGAGGUCAAGGAGAUCGUCAACAAGGAAACCGCUUCCAAAACUGAGGGCAAAUCCAAGAAGGCAACAACUGUCACCAUCCAACGUGCUGCAAAGACUGCUGCUGCGACAAACACACCUUUACCCGAAGCUUUUGACGGAAAUUUGUCAGCCGAACUUUCGACCACUUCAGAUAGCAACUGCCCCGCGUUUCUGAAUGGUAUCCUUUCCGACCCUUCUUACGAGACUUGCUACCCCCUCUCUAUGAUGCUCCAGACGUCCCGUGGCUUCUUCGAAGCCCAGAAACAGCUCUUGAGCAUAGUCCGAGUACUCGAUGCAACCUGUGCUGCAAACGUCACGUACUGCACUGACUUUUUCGAUGCUGCAGCGCGCAACCUCACUGCAUCAGAAAACUGCAAACAAGAAUGGGAAUCGGGCAACACUAUCGUCAAGCAGUUCCUUUAUGGUAUGAAGGCCUACGAGAUGAUGUACAAGGCUACCUGUCUUCAAACACCUGAGGAUGAUAUGUAUUGUUACGCCAAUGCCGUCACAAAUACUACGACUGCCGCCAACGCCUACUUCUACUACCUACCGUAUAACCUUACUUUGCCUGGCAGCACCAAUCCUUCGUGCAGCUGGUGCAUACAAGAAACUAUGAACAUCUUCCACGCAGCCGCUGAAGACCGUUCUCAACCUGUGGCACUCACCUAUGAAAGCGCAGCUCGACAAGUGAACACUCUCUGUGGCCCAGAUUUUGUCAAUAGCACUUUACCACCAGAAGAGACCAACCGGGCUCAUGUGUUUGCCCCGUCAUGGGUUGGCUUAGUACUUGCCCUCGGCAGUGCAGCACUAGUCAAUGCUGUGUUAUAG